AUGCAGGACCAGAGCGAAAAUGAACCUGAGAACAGCAGUGUUCCACCUUCAGAGAUUAUUUGUGCAGGCUGUUUAAAUGUCAUUGAUGAGGAAGAAUUUGUUUCAGCUCUUAGCCAAGAAUGGCAUAUGGAGUGUUUCAGGUGUUCAGCAUGUGAUGCUGCUUUAUCGAAUUGGUAUUUCGAAAAGGAUGGUUUACUUUUUUGUAAAGAUGACUACUGGUCAAGAUAUGGUGAAGCAUGCCAACAAUGUAGUCAGAUCAUUACAGGACCAGUGAUGGUUGCAGGAGAACAUAAAUUUCACCCAGAAUGUUUUUGUUGCGGUUCCUGCAGUGCAUUUAUUGGAGAUGGGGACUCAUAUGCACUUGUCGAGAGAUCCAAACUCUACUGUGGACAAUGCUACAAGCGGCAAAUGCAACCUUUGCAAAAAACGGCAGGGUUUCCUUUUGCCAGAAAACCACAUUCUAUAAGAUUAGUAGAAAUUCCAGGAGGCCAAAAGGGCAUAAAAUUAUCGAAAAACUCUUCGCAACCAGGAUGUAAUUCUCAGUGCUUAACUAUAUCUGAGUUUUUAUGGAAAAUUCAUGGAAAGUUGAUGCAAGUGGCUUUCGCAUUUCUAACAUCUGCUUUUAAUCUAUGCUGCUAUUUUUUACCUCCUUAUAGGUUGGAUAUGAAUAACGACUUGAUGUCUUUGCACAUUGGUGAUAAAAUUUUAGAAAUAAAUGGUAUGCCUGUUAGAGAUACAUCUGUAGAAAAUGUAGAAAAUUUGCUAAGAUACUCGGACACAGUAUUGCAAUUAACAAUUGAACAUGAUCCAGAAACAAUAUCUAAAAAUCUUGCCAAAUUCACAGCUUUAAGACAUUCCAAUAUUCCAUUAACGAUGACAGCAAGUGAUACAAACAUUCCCAAUAUAAAACACCAACCAGAAGAUCUCAACUGUUCCGGAUCAACAGAUUCACUAAAAAGUGAUCAAAAUAUAAAAUUCUUUAAUGUUUCUGUAUCUCAGCCAGAAUCGUUUGAAAAACCUAAUAACAAUAACAAUCAUCAGGGAUUAAACAAAGAAAGGUUAUUUAAAAGAAAGGAUGAAGGUUAUAUUAGCGGGACAAGAUCACGGCAGUUGAGGAGAAAAAAUAAUUUACCUGAUAAUCAGUGUUUGGACAAAGAAAGGAGUUCUUCUAUGAGUCGAUUAUUAGAUGAAUCUCCAAACUCAAAGAGAUGUUUAGAGCUGUCCAGAGCUUACUCAUUUCUUGAACCUAGACCACAACAAAGGGUGUUCAGAGCAUCCGAUUUAGUAAAAGGGGAACUACUAGGACAAGGCUUUUUCGGUCAAGUAUAUAAAGUAACCACUAGAGAUACGGAAGAAGUUAUGGUGUUGAAGGAACUAUACAGGGUCGACGAGGAAGCCCAAAAAAACUUUUUAAAAGAGGUGGCUGUACUGAGAAGUCUGAGCCAUAACAAUGUACUGCGUUUCAUUGGAGUAUUAUAUAAAGAAAGACGCUUACAUUUAGUUACAGAAUAUAUUUCUGGUGGCACAUUAACUGAAUUACUACACGAUUCCAGCCAACCCUUACCUUGGGAGCAAAGAGUCUCUUUUGCCAAAGAUAUUGCUGCUGGCAUGGCAUAUCUACAUUCCAUGAAUAUUAUUCACAGAGAUCUCAAUUCUCACAAUUGCCUAGUGAGAGACGACAAAACUGUGAUUGUAGCCGAUUUUGGAUUGGCGCGCAUAAUUUCCCAUGCCACAAAUAGCACCAGAAAAGUCUCACCGAAAAAUCCAUCUGGUGCGAAAAGACAAGAAAGAAAAAAACGAUAUACGGUUGUUGGGAAUCCAUAUUGGAUGGCACCAGAAAUGAUGAAGGGAAACAAAUAUGACGAAAAAGUCGAUAUUUUUAGCUUCGGUAUAAUUUUAUGUGAAAUCAUAGGAAGGGUUCAGGCUGAUCCAGAUUUCAUGCCCAGAUCCAACGAUUUUGGAUUGAAUCAAAUGGCUUUCAAAGAAAAAUUUUGUACUUCUUGUCCAAAACCAUUUUAUAAAGUUGCUUUUUUAUGUACUGAUCUUAAUCCUGAUAAAAGGCCUCCGUUUGAAGUGAUGGAAGUCUGGUUAGAAUCCCUAUCAAUGCACCUCUCGGUUGGUAUGCCCCUUCCUCCCGAUCUUCUCUUUGACAUUCAACACUAUAGAGGACUUAGUCCCUCAUCGUCUGGAAGUACAACGCCCGAAGGCAUACCUUCCGGCCACAGAAGCCCCGCUUUGGAACCUAUUUGCGAAGGCAAAAUGGCCGACACCAAAAAAAGUUCCGAAAAGAUUGCUGAUAUUAAGAGAAGUUCCGAAAAGAUAUAUUCAGAUGGUCCUAAGAAUACAGAUAUAAAACGAAGCACUGAAAAGAUUUAUAAAAGUAACGAAAACCUUAAACCAAUAAAGGUACAUUCUGUUGAUAAUAUUAAGCCUGUUAUUAAAAUUACGAAUUGUGGUGCUUCGCCAGAAAAAACAAAUCAAAUGACUUUUGAUGCAAAACCUACGAGCGACAUAGAUAUACCCGACUUAGAAAAAGACUUCCCUACUUAUGAGAACAUAGACUUCCUAAAAAACGACAUGGCGUACAUGGGAGAUACAGAAAAAUCUAUAGCCAUUCAAAAAGUAGAAUCCGACCCCGUAAAAUCUGAUAAGUUUCAAACUGAUACGACAGAUAACAAUUUGAGAGAUAACCCUUCGCCGCACUUGAGAAAAAUCCCAAAAAAUUUCACUAGAAACAGACUGGUCAAAGAAAUGAAAGAAAACCAAGCGAAAGAAAACAAAAUAAAACUGAUGAGCUUCGAUUCUCCUCCACAUCCGACCAAAGUUUCGAAUUUAAAUCUAAACAGCAUUGGUUUGAAAUCCAGCCAACCUUCUCAAGUUACAGAAAAGUUUGUCAACAACCUAAAAAAUGUCAAUAUUAAAGAAACCCCAACGUACCAAAGAUCUUUAAGUAACACCGAAAAAAGUACAAGUCCUGAAAGAAAAUCUGAUUUCAGAUCGAGUUUAAUUAGAAGAAAAUACACGAGGGACUUUGAAAACACUCCAAUUUUAAAAAGGACACCUAUAUUACAAAGGAGAGUGAGUCCUAAAACUGACGCUAUUGAUAAUCAGUCAUUCCCGCAAGUUAAAGAUGCACCUCUACAUUUUGACUCCAAAGAAAAGUCUUUUCCUGUUAUGGAGAAGCCUUCUUUACUGUCAAAACUCACUCCUAGUUUGCCACGACGAACGGGUUUUUUAAAUUUGGAAGAUAAUUCCGGUAACCUAAGUAAAAAACCAUUUCUUGUUACAGCUACAUCGGGUAGCUUGGUGAGAAACAUGGUUGACAGUCUUAAUCGAAAAGGAGGUUUGAGUUUUGGCAGUAGAGGUAACUUUGGAAGGUGUUCUUUGAAGGUUACCGGUUCCUCUAAGAUUAAUCUUAAAAAGGUAGGGAGGAGUGCUAGCCCUCCCGAGGAGUAUACAGUGCUGUGA